AUGGCUAACAUGACGGUUCUUCACUCUGAUCUCCAGGCCGGACAUUCCUCCUCAACCGUCCAAGUCCGGCUGCUUCGCUUCUGGGAAGCCAGGAACUUCCGCCGUGGUGGAGAGCUCAUGGGCGUGGACAUGCUCCUCUUGGAUUCUCAGGCGACUGUCAUGUCAGCCACCGUGUGUUGCCACUUUCAGUCAACGAUGAGCUUUGGUAACUAG